AUGACUUCGACUGAGCGAGAUGCUUUCCUGAACGAAUCAUUUCCCGUUGACUUCCAAUGGGCCUCCUCCAGCGAGUCCUUCAAGGUGGAGGGAGGCUGGGCAGAAGAUGGGAAGGGGGAGUCCAUUUGGGACCGUUUUGGUCAUUAUGGUCUAGCCUUUGCCAAUCAGACCGCUGAUCUCGCUUGUGACAGUUACCACAAGGUGGAUUAUGAUGUCUACCUCCUGCGAGGUCUUCAUGUUAACACCUACCAGUUUUCCAUCUCUUGGGCUCGUAUUUUCCCUUCGGGCCAUCGGGGCAGUCAGUCGGAGAAAGGUGCUCUCUACUAUGACAAGCUGAUCAAUGCUCUCAUUGAUUCUGGUAUACAACCUGUUGUCACUCUCUACCACUGGGAUCUGCCCCAGGCCCUCCAGGACUGUGGUAGAUGGACCAACGCUUCCAUUGUUGAAACCUUCAAAGACUAUGCAGAUUUCUGCUUCUCCAGGUUCGGAGACAGAGUCAAGACCUGGAACACUUUCAGUAGCCCCUGGGUGGUGAGCCAUGCUGGGUACGGCACUGGUGAGCAUGCCCCAGGAGUGAAAGACUAUGUGGUGGCCUCAUACCAGGCGACUCACAACAUGAUCAAAUCCCAUGCUGAGGCCUGGCAUGUCUACAAUGAGAAGUACAGGAAGACACAAGGAGGCAGAGUGGGCAUUGCAUUGAACUCUGACUGGGCUGAACCCGUGGACCCCUCCAGACCAGAAGACAUCGCAGCUGCAGAUCGCUACCUGCAGUUCAUGCUGGGCUGGUUUGCACAUCCCAUAUUUGUCGAUGGAGAUUAUCCUGCAGCAUUCAAGACUCAAAUUGAACAGAAAAUAAAAGAGUGUCCUCUCUCUGAGCCUGCAAUACUCCCAGUCUUCACAGCUGAAGAGAGGAAGAGGAUACACGGAACCGCUGACUAUUUUGGAUUGAACCAUUAUACCUCCCGGUUAGUCAACAACAGUGUUGGUGGCUGCACCCCUGGUCCUCAGGGGGUUGGCAACUUCCAGUCACACGUAGAUCCCUCAUGGUCCUCAACAGCUUCUGACUGGAUAUAUUCUGCACCUUGGGGUCUCAGAAGGCUUUUAAACUACAUUUCCACAGAGUAUUUGAACAUUAUCAAAGUGCCUAUACACAUUACUGGGAAUGGUAUGCCUACUGAGCACAUUGGGGACAGUCUGAAUGAUGUCAGUAGAAUAGACUACAUGAAGAGUCACAUCAAUGAGGCCCUUAAAGCCAUUUUCUUAGAUGGAGUGAAUGUGCAGCGAUUCACAGCGGAGUCACUCAUGGAUGGCUUUGAGGGAAAAAAAGGCUACAGCCAAAGGUUUGGUCUUCAUUAUGUCAACUUUGAAGAUGCAGACGGACCAAGAACCCCGAAGCAAUCUGCAUAUUUCUACUCUCAGGUUAUAAAGCAAAAUGGAUUUGGUGGCCACAAGGGGGAGUUUUUUAAUUCGGCAAAGAUGCGAUUUACUCCCCGUACAACUGCUUUACCACCCUCAGAGGUUCCCUCUAAAUCAAAGGUUGUCUGGGAGAAAUUCUCAAUUCAGUCAAAUUUUCAGAGAAAACUCUACCACUACGGCACUUUCCCACAAGGCUUCAGUUGGGGAGUAUCAUCUUCGGCCUACCAGAUUGAAGGUGGCUGGAAUGCUGAUGGGAAGGGGCCCAGCGUCUGGGAUACAUUCACCCAAAAUGGCAAUAUUCCUGAUAAUGCUAAUGGGGAUGUGGCCUGUGACAGCUACCACAGACUUGAAGAAGACUUCUACAUGCUGCGUGCUCUGAAGGUGAAGUCGUACAGAUUCUCUUUGUCCUGGUCCAGGAUCUUUCCUGAUGGUCAGCGUACAUCUCUGAACCAGAAAGGUGUUGACUAUUACAAUAGACUCAUUGAUGGCCUCUUAGCAUAUAACAUCACUCCCAUGGUGACACUGUACCACUGGGACCUUCCUGAAGCUUUGCAAAAACUUGGUGGCUGGGACAAUGUAGAGAUGAUUAACAUUUUUAACGACUUUUGUGACUUCUGCUUUGCCACCUUUGGCGACAGAGUGACAUUCUGGAUGACCUUCAACCAGCCUCAUACAAUUGCGUGGUCAGGAUAUGGACUUGGACAGAUCCCACCCAAUGUUACAAAUCCAGGAAUUGCACCAUACAGAGUUGCACACAACCUUAUAAAGGCCCACGCCAAGGCUUACCACACAUAUGAUGAUAAGUAUCGUGCAUCCCAAGGUGGUCUUAUAUCCAUUGCCCUUAAUGCUGAUUGGUUUGAACCUAAAUAUGUUAAUGUUCCUCGUGAAGUGGUGGCUGCUGACCGCGCUCUGCAGUUCCAAUUAGGUUGGUUUGGACACCCUAUUUUCAAGAACGGUGACUAUCCUGAUGCCAUGAAAUGGCAAGUUGGAAACAAAAGUGAGCUCCAAGGUCUUAAAGAGACAAGACUACCUUCAUUUAGCGAAGAAGAAAAGAUGUUCAUCAAGGGAACUGCUGACAUGUUCUGUGUAAAUCAUUACACUACAAAGAUAGUAAGCCAUGAUACUGCCCGGCUUCGCCCUCAAUCAUAUUUAGAUGACCAGGACUUGUCAGAAGCAGAGGAAAGUGAUUCACCAACUACUGCCAUCAGUAAGCAGAGAGCUGUUGCAUGGGGCUUGAGAAGACUGCUCAACUGGAUCAAAGAGGAGUAUGGAGAUCCAGAG